AAUGAAUCAUUAUUAACAUCAAAUCGUAAACGUACAUCAACAGGAAAUUCUCUUGAAAAUUCUAAAAUUAAGAAAAUAUGUUUAUUGGAUGCAUCCAAUAGAUCAAUUAUUGAUGAAUAUGAUGAAAUGAAUACACUUGAUGAAUCAGCUCUUCAAAUGCUUUGUGAAGAAUGGGAACCACGAUCACAAUUUCCAACUUUACUUACUCGAGUUGCUGGUCUACUUGAUAAAUAUCGAAAUAUUCAAUCAUUUCAUAAUUGGCAAAAAAAAUGUCUUGAUUUACCAGCUCGUCGAAAAAAUCAAAAUCUUAUUUAUACACUUCCAACAAGUGGUGGCAAAACAUUAGUUGCUGAAAUAAUGAUGCUUAAUUGUUUACUUCAUCGACAUCUUGAUGCUAUUUUUAUUUUACCAUUUGUUGCAGUUGUUCAAGAAAAAGUUCGAAGUCUUCAACCAUUUGCUGAUGAACUUGGUUUUCAUCUUGAAGAAUAUGCAGCAAGUAAAGGACGUUAUCCACCAAUAAAACGUCGAAUGAAACGAUCACUUUAUAUUUGUACAAUUGAAAAAGCUAAUUCAUUAAUUAAUAGUUUAAUUGAAAAUCAUCGUAUGAAUGAAUUAGGUAUUCUUGUUGUUGAUGAGUUACAUAUGAUCGGUGAAGGACAUCGAGGAGCUACACUUGAGUGUCUUCUUACUAAAGUACGAUCAUUUACACCUCAACCACAAAUUAUUGGUAUGUCUGCAACAUUAGCUAAUAUUGAUGAUUUACUCACAUUUCUUAAUGCACAAUUUUAUGAAGAACGUUUUCGACCAGUAGAACUUGAAGAAUAUGUUACAGUAAAUGAUAUCGUAUAUAAAAUUAAUCGAAAUAAUUCCAAUGAUAAUAAUCAAUUAAUUGAACAUCGACAAUUGGAUUUUAAAUAUACAAAACAACAUUUAUUAAAUGAUCCUGAUCGACUUGUUGGUUUGGUUUCGGAAGUUAUUCCAAAUGAUUCAUGUCUUGUUUUUUGUCCAUCAAAAAUUAAUUGUGAAAAUGUUGCUCGAUUAAUUGUUAGUUUUAUGCCUGAAAAAUUACUUGAUGAUAAUCGUGAAAAACGUUCAAUUUUACUUGAAUCAUUGGUUGAAGUUAAUGAAGGUAAUCUAUGUGAUACACUUAAAACAACAAUUCCAUAUGGUGUUGCUUAUCAUCAUAGUGGUUUAACAGGCGAUGAACGUCAAUUAAUUGAAGAAGCAUUUCUUGAUGGAAUUUUAACAUGUUUAACAUGUACAUCAACUCUUUCAACUGGUGUUAAUUUACCAGCAAAACGAGUUAUUCUUCGAUCACCUUAUGUCGGUAGUCAUUUUUUAACUUUUGCACAAUAUAAACAAAUGAGCGGUCGUGCUGGUCGAACAGGUCAAUCUCAAACUGGUGAAUGUUAUGUAAUUGCUCAUGAAAGAGAUAUGAAACAACUUCGAGAAAUGUUAUUUACUGUAGCUGAAAAUACUACUGGUUGUGAUAGUCAUUUAUCUAUAAAUAAUAAUUAUGCAAUUAAACAACUUUUAUUAAAUGUAAUUAGUCUUAAAAUAUGUUCAACUUAUGAAUCAUUAUUAAAUCUAUUACAAAAGACUCUUCUUGCUUUACAAGCUGAUCGUCUUAAUGUUAAUCUUGAAAAUUUACUUGAUGAAUGUUUACAAUAUCUUGUUGAUACAAAAAUUGUGCAUGCUAAAGAAGACGAACGAGCAAGUAAUAAUAGUAGUAAUGGAAAACUAAAAAGAUUUAUUUAUGAAACAACAAAAUUAGGCAAAGCAACUGUUGAAGGUAGUGUAGAAUUAGGAUUAGCUAAUUCACUUUACAAUCACUUAAGAACAAGUUUGAUUAAUAUGAAUUUGGAAAAUCCAUUACAUUUACUCUAUGUUACAAUGCCAUUUGAACUACCUAAUAUAACUAUUGGAUUUCGUCAACUUGUUGAUCGAGUAUGUCAAUGA